AUGGCGGUAUCAGGACUUCGGCAGCCAAGGGGUCUACGAAUGAGGGGAGAUAAGGUCUCUUUGAAUCAAAGGAGAGUACUCAGGAGUCGAGAGAUCUCACCUGGGAAGAGGCAACAAGUUCGCAUCAAGAGAUGUGACUAUCAGCAGAGGAGGCACUGGUCGGAUAUGGGCAGUAUCAAGUUAGCACCAUGGGGGAGAAAAGGAAGAAGGAGAAGGGGAGACCUAAGAUUACCUCUAGGCGGUCGAAAAAUAGAUAUAAGGAGAGUACUGGGUAGAUUUUUGGAGGGCUGGACUCUGCGGCCCAACCGCCAGAUCAACCUUGCGGCACGACCCGCUAACCUCGAAGCAGCACUUGCACAAACCGUCGGGCAGGUCGCUACUACCCCAUGUCGACAUUGCGGAGAAGGAAAUCGAUAUUGGACGGAGUGUGUUGUUGUAGCUGGUGAACUUGGUGGUAGGUGUGCCAACUACCAUUACGGCAGCGAAGGGAGCACUUGUUCGUUCCGUAGGUCAACCCGCCAGCUGAUAUUUGACCGCAACCGCUUAUAUUUAAAUCAGGCGGUCUCCCCCCCCCCUCCUGCACCCGGAACCUCUCAUUCGUCUCGUGUUGCGGCUCGCGCCCGUAACAUCCGCGUAGCUACCGGUGCGACCCCUGCCACUCGUGCAGCCAACCGCCCUCGCCGUCAAGUUGUCCGCGAUACCAUCAUCAUCCCCUCCAACUCCAACUCUCCCUCCCCUCCCCCUCUCCCUCACCUACACCCCGACCCGCACCCGUUCCUGCAGGCUUACGUAAGGCUUGAUCUUCCACCACACUAG